UUUAGUUUUUGUUUCGUGCCUUGUUUCUUGUGUUCUCCUCCGCUUUGUGUUGUUUGAUUUGAUUCGUACGCGCUAAAUAAUAAUAAAAAAAAAUACUGUGAUAAAACCAAGUGUGUACUUGUACUUAAUUUAAGAUUAUAGUGGCAAUGGAUAAAUCUGUUAACUAGAAGACACGCUUCAGUGGACCUCAAGACUACCAUUAUAUGUGCUUAAAUUAUAGAACUAUAGUCUGACGGCAUUACAGGUCGAUAGCCGCCAUGAAGUUUGCUGAACAUUUAUCGGCGCAUAUAACGCCCGAGUGGCGUAAACAAUAUAUUAACUAUGAGGAAAUGAAAGCCAUGCUUUAUUUGGCUGUUGAGGAGGCACCGUCAGUGGAUAGUGUUGAAGAUGAAGUCCUUAAGCGACAUUUUGCCAAUUUCGAUGAGAAUUUCUUUCACUAUUGUGACAAGGAAUUGAAAAAGAUCAAUACAUUUUAUUCGGAAAAAUUGGCUGAGGCAACGCGAAAAUUUGCCACACUAAAUGCCGAGCUAAAGACAUCAAUUGAGGAAUCCGAGCGUACGGCAAAAAAGUCCAAAGGUCAGAAGAGGCAUGCAGCAUUGCCGGAUCGUAAAGCACGCGAAUUGAAAUUGGCAUUCAGUGAAUUCUAUUUAAGUUUGAUACUCUUGCAAAAUUAUCAGAAUUUAAAUCAUACCGGUUUUCGGAAAAUACUAAAGAAACAUGAUAAGUUAUUACGGGUUGACAGCGGAGCCAAAUGGCGUCAGGAGUAUGUGGAGGCUUCACAUUUCUUUACCAAUAAGGAUAUCGAUAAUAUAAUCAAUGAGACCGAAACAACGGUUACCGGCGAACUGGAGGGCGGCGAUCGUCAACGGGCAAUGAAACGUUUACGUGUCCCACCGUUGGGUGAACAGCAAAGUCCAUGGACCACCUUUAAGGUUGGUCUCUUCUCUGGAAGCUUCAUAGUGCUGGGCAUUGUGGUUGUCCUAUCGGCCAUAUUCCAUGACAUUAGCGGCGAGAAUCUAAAAGUCACAUUUCGUCUAUAUCGCGGUCCCCUUCUGCUGAUUGAGUUCAUAUUUCUAAUUGGUGUCAAUAUCUAUGGUUGGCGUUCAUCUGGUGUGAAUCAUGUACUUAUUUUCGAAUUGGAUCCACGUAAUCAUCUAUCCGAGCAACAUCUAAUGGAAUUGGCGGCCAUUUUUGGUGUCGUUUGGACGCUAAGCAUGCUGAGUUUCCUGUACAGUGCCAGUUUGUUUAUACCGGCUUUCAUUAAUCCAUUGACGCUUACUUUGAUUAUGGUACUAUUUCUGGUAAAUCCAUUUCAUGUCCUGCAUCAUGAUGCACGUUUCUGGUUACUAAGGAUAACCGGACGUUGUCUAUCGGCCCCGUUUUUCCAUGUGGGCUUUGCCGAUUUCUGGCUGGGCGAUCAAUUGAAUUCAUUGGCCACAGCCAUAUUAGAUUUUGAAUAUCUAAUUUGUUUCUAUUUCACUAAUGGCAAUUGGUCGGAGGCACGCGAUGCUUCUAUAUGCAUGGAAAAAGAUUAUAUAAUACGUCCCAUUGUGAAUUGUUUACCUGCCUGGUUUCGUUUCGCUCAAUGUUUGCGUCGUUAUCGGGACUCACGCGAAGCCUUUCCACAUUUGGUCAAUGCUGGCAAAUAUUCAACAACUUUUCUCGUCGUCAUUUUUGCCACACUUAAAAGUUAUAAUAGCAGUAAUUAUGAGAAAACAUUUGAUAAUCCUUACACUUGGCUGUGGAUAAUCUCUUCAAUUGUAUCCUCAUGCUAUGCCUAUACGUGGGACAUCAAAAUGGAUUGGGGUCUAUUUGAUAAGAAUGCUGGCGAGAAUACUUUUUUGCGUGAAGAAGUAGUUUAUUCCUCAACUGGUUUCUAUUACUUUGCCAUUGUGGAAGAUUUGGCCUUACGUUUCAUAUGGGCUCUUUCAUUUUAUCUAACAGAAAUGAAAUAUGUUACGGGUGAUAUUAUGACCUCUAUAACAGGCAUAUUGGAAGUGUUUCGUCGCUUUGUGUGGAACUUUUUCCGUCUAGAGAACGAACAUCUGAACAAUUGCGGUAAGUUCCGUGCCGUGCGAGAUAUAUCUAUAGCCCCAUUGGAUUCAUCCGAUCAGACGCUUAUAUUACGCAUGAUGGAUGAAACGGAUGGUGUCAUUAAUCGUUAUACAAAAACGAAUCGUCCUAAACCAAAGAAAAUAAAGGAUCCUGAAAAGCGUAGCCUAUUGCAGCCACGUGGCUCAUUGCCGGAUCUAAGCAUUGAUAUUGAUGGUAGUAAAAAGCUCUAAAUACGACAAGAGAAACAUACACAUAUAUUUUUACAUAUAUGUAUGCAACGCGCCUUCCACCCAAAUUGAACGGAUUUUUUCUUUAUGCAAUGUUGAUUAUCCUUCCUUUCUACCUUAUACAAUUAAUAUUUUUUUGUUUGUUUCUUAUAAUUUAGUAACUAAGUACUUAACUAGGGGAGUUGAAUAAUUCACUUAAUUUUUUUUGUCUCUUGUAUUAGGUUUUUAAGUUCAUCCAAUUAGCAUUCCAAUUUAUGAAACUAAUCCCUGAUACCAAUCCCGUAAUUCCUAUGUCCCGUAGCAGUAGAACGGCAGUAUUAGUACUUAAAAGAAAACAACAGCAACAACAAUAACACGAAAGUCAAACAAAUCGAAAAGCAAACUUGAAAAUUAAUAGAUUGAAUAACAAACAAAACAAAAAAGAAACAUUAUAUGAUAGCUAUAUA